AUGGCCGCCAGCUUCUGGCACGAGUUUGCGGCUGGCAGCCUGGGCGGCGCGGCCGGCGUGCUUGUCGGCCACCCGGCCGACACGGUCAAGGUCCUGCAGCAGACGCUCGGCAUCAGCGCCACCGCCGCCGUGCGCGACACGUUCCGCCACGAAGGCGCGCGCGGCCUCCUCAAGGGCAUGUCGUUUCCGCUGGCGGCGAACGGGGCGUUGAACGCGCUCUACUUCGGCGUGUAUUCGAACUCGCUGCGAGUGCUAGACUGGGCGCUGGGCGCGCGCGACGACGCCGGCCGGCCCGCCUACGGCCGCGUGUUCGUCGCCGGCUGCGUCGGCGGCCUGGCGCAGCUGGUGGUCGCCGUGCCCGUCGACCUGGUGAAGAUCCAGCUGCAGACGAGCGCCGGCGGCGUCGCCGGCGUCGGCGCCUGGACCUCGAUUCUGCCGCUGGACGUGCUGAAGAGCAAGCUGCAGGCGGACGACCCAGCGCGGCCGCAGUACCGCGGCAUGCUGCAUUGCGCGCAGAUGACCGUGCUGCGGGACGGUCCCGGCGCUCUGCUCGCCGGCUUCGGCGUCAUGGCCGGCAGGGCGUUCCUCGUGAACGCCGUCACCUUCCUCGGCUACGAGUACUCGCUGGCGGUGACGUACUACAGCCAGGGUGACUACAUCAUCCGACAGGGCGCCAGAGGCGACACCUUCUACAUCAUCAGCAGGGGCAGGGUAAGCCGGCGCAGGCAGUCUGACGUCUGCAUGACGUGA